ACCCCACUCACCAGCUUCGGCCAGCAUGUCCGAGCUUGACCGGCAGAUUGAGCGACUGCUCAACUGUGAGCACCUUCGAGAGUCCGAAGUGAAGACACUGUGUGCCAAGGCUCGUGAGAUUCUUGUGGAGGAGGCCAAUGUGCAGAAUGUCGAUGCCCCUGUGACCGUCUGUGGUGACGUCCAUGGUCAGUUCUACGACGUCAAGGAGCUGUUCAAGGUGGGCGGACUCUGCCCGGAGACCAACUAUCUGUUCAUGGGCGACUUUGUGGAUCGUGGCUUUUACUCGGUCGAGACCUUCCUGCUGCUGCUGGCGCUCAAAGUGCGGUACCCGGAUCGGAUGACGCUUCUUCGCGGCAACCACGAGUCGCGGCAGAUCACCCAGGUCUACGGCUUCUACGACGAGUGCCUCCGCAAGUUCGGCUCGGUCUCGGCAUGGCGGUACUGCACGGAGAUCUUUGACUACCUCCCGCUCUCUGCGCUCAUCGAGGGCCAGAUCUUUGCCGUCCACGGUGGCCUCUCGCCGUCGCUCAACACAUUGGAUCAGAUCCGGCUGCUCGACCGCAAGCAAGAGGUCCCGCAUGACGGCGCCAUGUGUGACCUCAUGUGGUCGGACCCUGAGGAGCAGGUGGACGGGUGGGGCCUCUCGCCGCGCGGCGCAGGCUACAUCUUUGGCGCCGACGUUGUCUCGCAGUUCAACCACACCAACGACCUCAGCCUCAUUUGUCGCGCCCACCAGCUGGUCAUGGAAGGCUACAAGGCCAUGUUUUCACAGUCACUCAUCACCGUCUGGUCCGCUCCCAACUACUGCUACCGCUGCGGCAACGUCGCUGCCAUCCUCGAGUUUGAUGAGAACCUCAACAAGAACUUUCUCAUCUUCUCCGCCGCGCCUGCUGACCAGCGCGGCUCGCCAGCCAAAAAGGCUACCCCGGAUUACUUCCUCUAA